UGACAACUUCUCCUUGCUCGAUCAGUGGAGUGGAUGGCAAGGAACUUGGUGUCUCCAACAGAAGAUCAGGUUUUGUUUAGUGCCAAGAGAUGGAAUGAGUGUAAGAGGAAGAGAUGGAGGAUGAAAGGAAGUUUGCUAAUGAUUGAAUGAGGACCUGAGAGGCCACCAUGGAAGAGGCAAUGUCUCCUGUUAAGAUAGAGACUGUCAUGAAGGAAAAGAACCAGAUGGGAGAGUGUCCUGUGUGGGACGAAAAGGCUGGUCACCUUGUUUUUGUGGAUAUCAAUGCACAGAAAAUUUGCAGAUGGAACCCAAUCACUGAGGAAGUACAGAGUGUGACCCUGGAUGCCCGGGUAGGAUGUGUGGCUCUCCGAGAGUGUGGGGGCUAUGUUGUAGCCCUUGGAACCCGGUUUGGCCUCUUGAGCUGGGAAGACCAAUCAGUGACAACUGUUUCUUACCUUGAACAGGAUAAACCAAACAACAGGUUCAAUGAUGGCAAAGUGGACCCUGCUGGAAGAUUUGUGGCUGGUACAAUGGCUGAGGAAUCUAGCCCAGGAGUAUGGGAGAAACAACAAGGGUCUAUCUAUACUCUCUAUUCGGAUUGCUCUGUGGUGAAGCAAUUGGACCAGCUAGGCAUCUCCAAUGGAUUGGACUGGUCUCUGGAUCACCAAAUAUUCUACCACAUUGAUAGUCUGACAUAUGCUGUGCAUGCCUUUGACUAUGACCUACCAUCAGGGAAGAUUGACAAUAGAAGGCUUAUCUAUAAGUUGGAAGAGGAAGAAAGCAUGCCUGAUGGUAUGUGCAUUGACAUUCAAGGGAAGCUGUGGGUGGCCUGCAUUGAUGCUGGAAGAAUAAUACGUUUGGACCCUGAGACAGGAAAAAGAUUGCAGACAGUGAAGAUGCCCACUCCUAGGAUAACAUCCUGCUGCUUUGGCGGAAAGGACUACUCUGAACUCUAUGUCACUUCAGCCUCUGAUGGCUUGAGCCAAGAAGAACUGACAAGAGAACCCCACGCAGGAGAGAUUUUCAAGAUAUUCCAGGCUGGCACAAUACUCGACUUCUGCCUGAUUUUCUUCUUCACCUUUGGGAGUGCCCCUCAAAAUGUAUGAUCAGUCCUAGACAAAGCUGUGAAGGAGGUGAAGUUUGUCUUUGCUACCCUGCCUUAGCUUUCAGUUCAAUUCAAUUUCUUUUAUCAGGUCAAAGGAUUUACCUUGAGAAGCAACCUUUAAUAUUAAUCAAUUCAAUGCUCUCAUAUUAUAGAUAAGGAUAUUGAGUGCCAUAAUGGUUAAAUGACUUGCCCAAAGUCACACAAGUAGUAAGUAGAAGAGUCAAGAUUUGAGUAUAGUUCUGAUUCCAAAUCCAGAGUUCUUUCCAAUUCAAUUCAUUAUAAUACACAUCUUUUACCUAUCCAUAGGGAACAUAGCAGAUUUUGCUUGGGAGAUGGGGAGGUCUCCAUCUUCACCAACUCCUCCCAGUCCUUUUCAGCCUUGUUUCCAAGUUGAUUUGCAAGGCAACCAGGGACAUUAAGAAAUUUUCCAUAAUUUCUUUCAUCUCACUUCCAACCAGCUCCUUUGCAGUUUUGCUAAGAAGGGUCUUUGGGAUAAUUUGAAGGGGACCUAGGCUAGCAAUUAAACUAUUAUGAUAUGUAUUAAAAGAUAUUUGGAUCAUAAAUCAGAUAAGAGUUUAGACUGAAAGAUGCCCAGAUGGUCACGGGCAAGCGUGGGGAAAACAAGUAUAAGACAGAUAUAAUCUAAACUUGAGAACUUUGGCUAGCUUUUCUAGGAUCCCCAGCUUGGUAUAACUAAAGUAGUUCCCAGAGCUAUGGCUAAAGAAGGGAGGUCCUCUUCCAGGCAGGAAGCUGCCUAUGAGCUACAAUUAAGUCGAAGACCCCUUAAAGACAGCAUGGAAUACCAACAACAGUACAAAGGUUCAGCAGUGGUCCCCAGCUAAUCUAAAGAUAGCGCGAGAGGAUGUUGGCAGAUUUGUAAGGAUGCAAACAGCAGCCGCAGAAGUAUGAGAAUACCUCUCUACCUGUCUAGAUGUAUUCUCUUGCUACAUGAGUUUCUUAUGCAUGUGCCUCCAUGUAACAUAUUCUUUAUGUUCUCUAUAUACAUGCAGGAGUGUGCUGCAGCCAGCUUAAACUGGAAAUCAAGGAUUGAUUUAUUGUUUGGUUAAUUGUCUUAAGAAAGUGAUGGGGAGAGAAGGGGGAA